AUGGCGACGAAGCUCUCUCCGAUGCUCUUCCGCUCGGCGAUGCGGGCGGCCUGCCGGACCGCGCGGCCACAGAUCCAGCUCCGAUCCCUGACGGUGUCGGCUCGGAAACAGAGCGAUGUUCUCAUGGUGCACCGGAACACGCCCGACAACAACCCCGAUAUUCCCUUCAAGUUCACGCCCGAGAACGAGGCUGUAAUGGCCGAGAUCAUCAAGCGCUACCCUCCCCAGUACAAGAAGGCCGCCAUCAUGCCUCUGCUGGACCUCGGUCAGCGACAGCACGGCUUCACCUCCAUCAGCGUCAUGAAUGAGGUUGCCAGGAUCCUCGAGGUUCCCCCCAUGCGAGUGUACGAGGUCGCUUCUUUCUAUACCAUGUACAACAGGACCCCCGUGGGCAAGUUCUUUGUCCAGGCGUGUACGACUACUCCCUGCCAACUCGGCGGCUGCGGAAGCGACGUCAUCGUCAAGGCCAUCAAGGAGCACCUCAACAUCAAGGAGGGCGAGACCACCCCCGACGGCCUCUUCACCUUCAUCGAAGUCGAGUGCCUCGGCGCCUGUGUCAACGCCCCCAUGAUCCAGAUCAACGACGACUACUACGAGGACCUCACCCCCGAGACCGUCGUCGAGCUCCUCAGCGCCCUCCGCGAGAGCGCCAACGCCACAGGCUCCGCGGCCGCGGCGAAGAAGGUCCCCGCCGCCGGUCCCCUCAGCGGCAGGAAGACUUGCGAGAAUAGCGCGGGGCAGACGAACUUGACGGCCGAGCCUUGGGGUACCGAGACGACGAGGUCGGAUUUGUAG